GUGCAUUUAAGAAUGGAAAUUGACCACGAUCAAACAAACUUGCACAAGUUGGGCAUAUUAAAGCAAGUGCCUUCGGAUUAUUUGAAUACUGCUAACGAGAACAUUUCAACCAGAACUGAAAAUGCCUGCCAUGGAGUUCCAAACAUCCGCAGACGAAGAAGUUGGCAGAUCACAUUCUAAUGGGAAACGUGGUGGUUGGAUCACCUUCCCCUUUAUUGCAGGAACCUUAAUGGGAUUGCUGCUUGCUGGUAAUGGAUUUAUGACGAACCUGAUUGUGUAUCUGAUUGAGGAGUUCAACGUCAAGAGCAUUGAUGCUACUCAGAUUACAAAUAUUCUUAAUGGUUCAGUCUGUAUCCUACCAAUCAUUGCAGCAAUUCUUGCUGACUCUUUUUUAGGCAACUUCUCUGUUGUUGCAAUUUCUUCCUUUUUCUCUUUGCUGGGAGUGGUUCUCCUGACCUUAACAGCAUCUAUUAACUCCUUGAGGCCUCACUGUGAGACUGGAUCAAGCUUCUGCCAAGCUCCAUCAAGAGUUCAAUUUGCAGUGCUAUAUGCAGCUAUAGCCUUAGCAACUAUUGGCCAAGGGGCAAUGAGAUUUACUCUAGCAACUUUGGGAGCAAAUCAAUUUGACAAGCCUCAACAUCAGGGUGUUUAUUUUAACUGGUUUUUCUGCAUCUUUUUUGCAUCUGGGAUAAUAAGCUCCACAAUAAUUGUGUAUGUUGAGGACAGUAUCAGCUGGGGUCUGGGGUUUGGGAUCUGUGCUGCUUCUAAUUUUGUUGGUUUAGUUAUUUUCUUGAUGGGAAACCGAUUCUAUAAACAUGACAAGCCUCAGGGGAGCCCAUACACGAGCUUAGCUCGUGUCAUUGUUGCUGCUAUACAGAAGAGGAAUAUCCCAUUAUCAUCCGUAAGUGAGGAUUAUUACCAUGAAAAAGAUGAAAGGAGCCAAACCAUGGGUGCAACACCUCCUCGGAGCUUAAGGUUCUUGAACCGAGCAGCACUGAAAACUGAUGAAGAUAUUAAAUCAGAUGGCUCAAUUGUGAAAUCAUGGAGGCUAUGCACAGUUGAGGAGGUGGAAAACCUGAAAGCUUUGCUUAGAAUUUUCCCACUUUGGUCAAGCACAUUAUUCUUAUCCACCCCAUUAGCCAUUCUGCUCAGCAUGACAGUUCUCCAAGCUCUAGCCAUGGAUCGUCGGCUUGGUUCUAAUUUUAAAAUCCCAGCUGGAUCAACGGUUGUUGUGGCAUUAAUCUCCAACUGCAUCUUUCUUUCAAUCUUUGAUAAAUUCUUUCUCCCUACCUGGAAGAAAUUGGCUCGUAGGUCUCUGACACCUCUCCAGCGAAUUGGAGUCGGUCAUGUUUUAAAUGUGCUAAGCCUAGCCAUAGCAGCCUUGGUGGAGUCAAGAAGGUUGAAAAUAGCCAAUGCCAAGCACAUUCAAGCACAGCCUGGUGCCAUAGUCCCCAUGCCUGUUCUCUGGUUGUUUCCACAAUUUGUUGUUAGCGGCCUUGCAGAUGUUUUCUAUUUCCCAGGACAAGUCACAUUGUACUAUCAAGAAUUUCCAGUUUCUCUCCGAAGCACAGCAACUGCCAUGAUAUCUUUGAUACUAGCGAUUGCUUACUAUGUGAGCACUGCUUUGGUGGACCUGAUCAGGAAUGUUACAGGUUGGUUACCUAAUAAUAUAAACGAGGGGAGGCUGGAUAAGGUAUACUGGACUCUAUGUAUGAUCGGUUCGUUGAACUUUGGCUACUAUUUGGUGUGCUCUUGGUUGUACAGGUACAGAAAUAUUGAAGAGGAAAUGGCUCGACCUGUAAACGAGGACAAUGAAGAAACAAAGCAAGAAGGUUGAAACAUACUUUUUGGCCUUCAAGAAGCCCAUCAAAAUGCAUUAUGAUUCAUGAAUCAAAGAAUAGUUAUUAAACCAUCUCCAUUCAGCCUGGUUCGUGCAUGAUUGCAAAACCUCUCAAAGUAGAUCAGCACCCUUUUGUUAUUGGAUCAAGCCAUCAUUAGCAGGGAAGCUUUGUAUUUUAGUUUUACUUUAAUCAAAUCUUAUAAUCACA